CUUCCGUUGUGUUUAAAGUGUCGCAGAAUAGGUACCAUGGCGGGAACAGACUGCAAAAUAACAGGAUGGCUUUUGGAAUAUGUGUAUCAUAUAGCGUGGGAUACAUUCAGGAAGAAAAAGUCAAUUGAUGAAGACUGUUGCAGAGAUAUUAUUCAGUGGCUGGUCAGCCAACAGAGCGUUGUUCAGACAACUAACCAACAACAUAUGAUGCAGCUCCAAAUUUUGCUGCAAAUGUCCCGAAUAACGGACGGCGAAAAUUAUGAAACGCGAUACUCGGAUGACAAUGAUUGGACCGUUCUUGAAGAUAUGCUUGUCUCUUUUAAAGGGCUUGCCCACAACCUACCAGAAACCUACAAGACAUUGAUGGAAAAAAACAAGGACUUGAUCUCGAAACAGGCAGUGCUGGUUGCUUGUAGAGAAGAUGACUUUGACGCUGCUGCAGAAGUGUUUAAAAGAAUAUCCGAUCAGAUUACUGACAAGACAAUUACAGAUAAUUUGAAAGCCGUUCUUGCAUCAAAAUCAAAAGACCACAAAUAUGUGACGAGUAAAUCCAACAGCUAUUCUGUGUUUGUGGCCGACUGUGUGGCAAUGAUCUCGGAAUUCAACAAAGAGUUUGAUGUUCCCUUUCUCACAAAGAUAGCUACUGGAGUAAGUCGACAAGAGAAAAAACGCCGAGAUGCACUGUUAAGGAAGGAACCUAGCGCUGACCCGUCAAAACAAUCAAGUAACAACAGAAAGCGGCUGAUGGUGCUGAAAGCGGUGUCGAAGAGAAUGAUCACUGAGAAGGGACAGCAAUGCUUAGCAUUGAGUCAGGCGGAUGAGAGUGAUAUGAGGGGCGUGCUCGCGACCACAAGAAAUACGGAAGUAGAUUCCUUGUUAGAUGAAGUUUCACCGCCGCCAAAGAAGGUCAGAGAAAAUGAUAAUUCAGCUUUUAAAUCUCCAUGGAAAGUUCCCCACCGACCCCCAAAGACCUCCUCUCCCGUUCCCAACAGUAAAGAUGCCGAUGAUCUAGACCUCAGUCCUUUAAGGUCACCCAAGGGUAUCCGGGAAUUUUCUUAUCGAAAGAAUAUUAAGCGACCAGAUCGCCAUGUAGUUAACAAAUCACACAAUGCCAGCUCUGAUGACGAUGGAGCUGGUUCAGACGAAGAACAACCUUUAAGAAAACGGGUUGGUGAAAAACAAAAUGGCUGUGCACCUAGUCCAUAUAAAAAACCCAGUGCCAUUUUGAGACCAAGCAGUCCUACGGAGUCGACAUUCUCCUCCCGUAAAACCAUGUGGGGCCACAAGGAAACGGAGGACUUUUACCAGGCUGUUCAAGAAUUCGGUGUUGGAAAAUGGGCCGAUAUCCGCCGGGCAUUGGGCACCUUUCGAACCAAUGUCAAUCUGAAAGACAAGUGGCGUACAAUCCAGAAAACCGGAGAAAUCAAAGACAUGGAAAAGAAAUUUGGACCUGUGUAAAUGUCUUACUGACCUUUACUGUGUGAUAAAUGGAAGCAUGCAUAGGAAAUAAUUGCUGUGUCUGUUUAGCAGCCCUCCAAAAGCUGAUGGUGAUUGAUCACAGACACGUUUCUAUGAACAAAUCUAAACAAGUUGUGGUAAUAAUGUAGGGUAAUAUAAGAAAAGGUGUUUUUUGUGUAGGUUAACUGGAGGGAUCUUUCUCAAAUUCGACAUGUAUGUUUCCCCUUGUUAAAAAAGAAUUAAGAAUAACAAUAUGUAAGCAUUUUACAUGUAGUCAUGCUAUUCUGAUAUAAUAAUAUUUGUCACAGUAGUAAAUAACAUAAAUGACAUUACAUCCUUUGAUGGUUGAUGCCAAGAUCCCUCUAGGAUCUCUUGCAAUCAAAUAUGGCCCAGAAAUCAUUGUUGUCAGACGCACUCCUGCACAGCAGUGGUUGAAUUAGUGACUGUGUGCAUGUAAGACCAAUGAAAACCAAUGUGUUCACAAAGAAAACUAAUGUUGAGAGUUGGAACUGGUCUAUUUAUAGCAUCAGUAACCUAAUUAUUUGGAACUGGUCUAUUUAUAGCAUCAGUAACCUAUAUUUGGAACUGGUCUAUUUAUAGCAUCAGUAACCUAUAUUUGGAACUGGUCUAUUUAUAGCAUCAGUAACCUAUACUUAGAACUGGUGUAUUUAUAGCAUCAGUAACCUAUAUUUUAUAGAUACAGAAGGACCAUCCUUAACUGUAAUUAAUAUAUGUAAAUCGUUAAGUGAUCAUUAGGAGAUUCCUUGUUGUAUUCAGUGCAAUAUGUGUGGGUGCUCAAUGAUACACAUUUGUUGAGAUUGUAAAUAAAUGUGUUUUAGUAUUAAUGAAUUUAUAAUCAUGUCAAAGACCCCAUGUUCAGGGAUUUAUCAUUAUAAGUCUCGCCCAGGGAUUUAUCAUUAUAAGUCUCGCCCAGGGAUUUAUCAUUAUAAGUCUCGCCCAGGGAUUUAUCAAUAUAAGUCUCGCCCCAGGGAUUUAUCAUUAUAAGUCUCGCCCACACCCUCCUUUUCUUUCUGAAUUGUCUUUAAAAUAGCGUUGUCCUUUAUCCGUUCUCCUUGUGACAAAUAGGAUUAAGCCCAUUGAGAAAAUGUUGAGGUAUAAUUAUUAACUAUAUUUAUACUACACACAAGUUUAUAAUAUUAACCAACAUGUCUUUGAUUGUUCCAACACCUAAAUAGUUGUCUUAACAAUAAUAGUUUACUUAUAACCAAUGGGAGUCAUUUCCUUUUUAAGGUUUGUACAUAAAAAAGACUCAUCUUAAAAUUUGAGGUUUUAUGAUUUUACCCCAUACCAUAAUAUUAUUGUCUUCUCUUGGUUUAAAUAUGUCAUUUAGAAUAUUUAAAAAUCUUUUCUUGGAUCAUUUAUGAUUUUUUUAUGUGUAAACAUAUGAAGAAAUUUAACAUGCUAUACGUAUUUUUAGAACUGUGAAUUCUUGUGGCUUUUAACUAUUUUCAUUUCAAACUCUGUGCUCCCUAAAUUUUGGGACGGAUUUCUAAUUUUACCUUUGUAGCCUACCCUUGUCACAUCUUCUUAUCAAACUUAAGAAAUAUCCGGUACCUAGAAUGCUUAUAUUUUGUCUCUCAGGGCCACGGUGGGCAAGUGGUUAAGGUGGCAGGUUUGAGGCCUACAUGGGGGAGUGACAAAGUACUUGUAGAAGGUCAGUGGUUUUUCACUGAGCACUCCAGUUUUCUUCCAACACCAAAACCUGGCAUUGUGCUGGUAGGGUAGGAGUCAAUUCCUGCCGUUGGGAGCCUAUCAUGUCUGACCCUUUAAAUUAACUUAAAUGUAUGUAGCGGUAGUUUAUUUUUUGGCAGCCCACAAUGAUAAAAUUGACUACAAUUGUGCUACUGUAUGUUUUGAUGUGAAAUGCAUAAAGAUGAAAAUGAGAAUUAAGAGACACCUUCAGGAAUUCAUCAUUGUUCUUAGAAAAAAAUAUUGAAAGUUUAAAUGAUUGUUCUUAGAAAAAAAUAUUGAAAGUUUAAAUGAUGAAUGCAUCAAUUGCUGUAAGAAACAGGAAAUGAAUUAAUGGCAUUUUUUUUUUUUUCAACUUGGUGAUAACAGAGACUACAUGGUGUUAACAUUUUAUAAAGCCACUUAUCUCUUUGAUUAUUUUGUCAUUUAAACAAGGGUGACGAUAAGCAAGUCAACCAUUAUAAAGACAAAAUAAACAUAUAAAAAAAAGAUUUCGGCUUAUCCCAUCUAAACCCCCUGGGUGGUCGGGUGGGCAGUUGAUAAACACUCUUCUUUCACCAAGGCGGUCGGGGUUCAGUUACCACCCUCCAAUUAUUGAAAUAAUUGUUGUUAAAUAAAUAAAGUUUACAAAAAAA